UCUGCCCACAGCACAAGCGCUCAAGAGCCGAUAAAGACCCCGACCAUCUGACGCACUGUAAACGCACUGGAAUAACACCAACACUCUGCUGUCAGUCAGUCAGACAAUUGAAGUUUUUGUAUAGCCUACAGCAUGGAGGAAUGUAGCGUCGAUUAAUCUGCCUGCCCGCCUGGUCUUUGGAAGUGGGCCGCUGUUCGUCUUUUGCUUUGAGAGAGUGAGAGAAAGGUAUUCUGGGAAUCCCAGACACCCCUGGAUGUGGUUGAGUUUUGGAUAUCAGCAGCAGAUGAAAAAUUUGUCCGAUGCUGCAUCUCUACAUACAGAUGCUCAGCUCCAGUGGAAUUAUGAGUGGAUAACGGGCGAGGUUGGAGGCGGUGCAUAGGUCAAGGUGUGGGGCCCUGGUGGAUGUGCAGUUUUGAGUGGGUGGAGUCAGGGAAGUUCUGUAAAAGAUGACCAGCCUUUUCCACCGGAGUAAUGGGAACAGUAACCAUGGCAGCAGUACGCGUGGAGGUAGCGCUGCCUCGUCAGAGCUCAAUAGGAGGGCUCCAUGUCAGGUUAGAUGCCUGGAGUUUAGCCAGGCUAUGGAUGACUUUAAGACCAUGUUCCCCAGCAUGGAGCAUGAUGUUAUCGAGUGUGUGUUGAGGGCCAACAGUGGCUCUGUGGACUCCACCAUUGACCAGCUCCUGCGGAUUAGCUUGGACAGUCAGGCCACGGAUUACAGCUCAGAUUCUGAUGACAGCAUUCCUCCGGAGAUCCUGGAGAGAACACUAGAGCCGGACAAUUCAGACGAGGAGCCUCCACCCGUUUACGCCCCACCCUCCUAUGACAUGCACAUCUAUGACAGAAAGCAUCCCGCAGAUGUUCCGUCCACCCCACCACCCAGGUUCGAUGAUUAUCCCCCUCCUGGGCAUCAACAGGUUAGCGGUUACAGGAACUUGAAUCCACCGUUACUAGGCAACCUCCCCGAUGACUUCCUGCGGAUCCUGCCUCAGCAGUUAGAGAGUCUUCAGCGAAGUCAGAGCAGUCUGUCUCAGCCUUCCUCCUCCUCUUCCUCCCUGUCAUCCCUGACGCAGCUUUCGUCCAGCAGUGGUGUUCUGUCAGGUGAUGUUUGGUCCUCUGAACAGGACAGGAAGUUGAAGCAGUAUUUGGAAGAUGAGCGAAUCGCUCUUUUCCUGCAGAAUCAGGAGUUCAUGAAAGAACUUCAGCAUAACAGAGACUUCCUCAUUACUCUGGAGAUAGAUCGUCAGAGGUGCGAGAAAACACAGUACGGUCAUUCAUCCGUUUGCACGGAGAACUCCACUGAAGGUGAGAACUGUGGCUCGGGUUCUGAGGAGGCCUGUUCUUAUGUCUCUGAUGAUGCCUUAUUCCUGGAGAAACUCAAGCACAUGGGCAAAUCUACAAGGAAGAAGCUUUUCGAGAUUGCUAGAUCAUUCUCUGAGAAGACCAGAAGGAAGAAGUCAAAAAAGAGAACUCUGCCCAAACACCAUUCUCUGUGCGCUGCCACUUCCACUGUCAAUCUACUGGAUGAUAUAGGGCCUCCACCAGCGGAGGAAGGCAGUCAACUCAACAGGCUCUCAGGAAGAGAGAAGGGAGAGGUGUCAAAUAAGAAAGUGAUGUUGUGGUAAGGACACAAAUACAUGUUUAGAAUAGCAUCUAAUCUAAUUUUCAGUAUGCAUGGAAAACCCAGAUGACCUACAUUUACCAGCACGUGCACUACACAACAGAGCAUACUACAUGGAAUUGUGAAUGGUACAAUACAAUUGUUUGACUUGACCUUCAAUUUCCAGUGUAGUGAAUGAACUAGAAGUAAUAUCUGCUAUAUUUUUGCCAUAUCCCCUUCUUGCCUAAUUAUUUAAUCGGACUGCAAAAGUUAUGGUGUUUUUACACAAAAUUUUAAUACAGCUGCAAAAUAACCAUAUUUAUUUCUGAGAAUUAAACAUGCAAAUUAAAAUGAUAUAAUGUGACAACAAUGUACCAUACUACUGUUUUAAAAGUGUUGUUGCAUAAUGCAUACUGUUUUGCAUACUACUUAAAAAAAAAAAAAAGAAAGCAGUAUACAGUAAAUACUGCAUGUAAAGUAUGCACGCACUUUAUUCCCAAUAUAGCCAUUAAACAUCGGUAGACUGGGAAAAAAAAAAACAUUACCAGAUUGUCAAACAUUUCUCCACAGUUGAUAUUAAAGACAUAAAAAUAAAUGUUUUAGGUCACAUUCCUUUGUUUUUAUUUUGAAAGAUUUUUUUUAAAUAAGUAAUACAUAAUAUUGUGUGUGUGUGUGUGUGUGUGUGUAUAUAUGUAUUUUUUUAUUUAUUUAUUUAUUUUUUAUUAUUAUUGACACUUUCUUUAACAAGAGUUUUUCAUUCCUUCCUGUUUGUUCCCUGACAGAUGGACGGAUCCUGGUCGGACCAGCCAGAGACAGCACAUUUCUGAAAAGGACUAAAACCAACAAGAUUUUACUUAUAAAUUAUAUUUAUUUUAUAGAUUAUAGAUGUUUUCCUGCAAUGCUUAAGUUACAUCUGAA